AUGCCCGAUGGUGUUCGUCUUUCAGUAACACUCACUGUACCGAUUGUGACACGAUGUAGUGAAACAUUUCCAGUUCUACUUCAAUAUAAACCCUAUCGAAAAGAUGAUGCUUUAUUUUAUAGUGAUCAAUCUGAUGCUCGAUAUUUAGCACGUCGAGGUUUUAUAGUUGCUCAAGUUGAUAUACGCGGUACAGGCUCAUCAGAAGGUGUUCUUGUUGAUCGUGAAUACAGUUCACAAGAAUUGAAUGACUGUGAGCAGAUUAUUCAACAACUUGCUAAUGAUCAUCGUUCAAAUGGACGAGUAGGAAUGUAUGGUAUUAGUUGGUCAGGUUUUAAUACUCUUAUGAUGGGUACUUUACGACGACCACCUGCUUUACGAGCUUUAUUUGCUGCUCAUGGCACUGAUGAUUUGUACAAAAGUGAUAUUCAUUAUCCGGAUGGUAUCAUGCAUUUGGAUAAUUAUUUGAUUUUUAUCGAUCAUAUUAAUGGAAUACCAUCAUCCCGAGGUUAUAAUAUCAAUGAACAAUGGAUGAAAGAACGAUUCAGACAACGACCUUGGAUUGAUCUUUAUCUUUCUCAACAAAUCGAUGGCUCAUUUUGGAAAGAAAAUUCAAUCAAAUAUGCCUAUAAUAAUCUAACAUUACCUGUUUAUCUGAUUGGAGGAUUAUACGAUGCUUAUAGAGAUUUUGCUCUGCGUGUAUACGAAAAGUCUCGUCAAAAUUCACCAAAAAUAAAAGUAACCAUUGGUCCAUUUGUUCAUGCAAUGCCUGAAAAUGUCAAUCGACAUCCAGGACCCAGCUUUGAUGGCAAAGCAGAAAUGAUACGAUGGUUCAAUUAUUGGCUUAAAGAUGAUAAAAAUGGCACGGAGAUCAUGAAAGAACCAGAAAUCACUCUUUUUGUUAGAACAGGUCUCACUACAGGUCAUUAUCGAUAUGAAACUGAAUGGCCGAUUGCUCGUCAAGAGAUACAACGUAUGCACAUGUGUAAAGGUCAUCAAUUAAUUGAAAAAAAUGCUUGUAAUGAUGUGGAUACCCUCGAAUAUCGACCAUGGAUUGGUUUUGAAGCAGGCACUUGGUUAGGAGGAUUAACAGGAGAUCAACAACCUUUUGAUAAAGAUUGUCUCGUUUACGAUAGUGAGCCGAUCAACACAGCAAUUGAAAUCAUUGGUAUUGUUAAUGUUUCACUUCAUGUUAGUACUACUGCUCGCUUAACUCAUUGGAUUGUACGUUUGGAAGAUGUAGACAUCAAUGGUCAAGUAUUAUUAGUUACAACAGGAGCAUUGAAUGGUGCGCAAAGACAAAAUUCUCCUGCCUAUCUGCAACCAAACCGUCGAUAUACAAUUAUAUUUCCACUUCGAUUUACUACAUGGACAUUUUAUAGUGGUCAUCGUAUUCGUAUUUCUGUUUCCAAUGCUAUGUUUCCUACGUAUUGGCCAACUCCAUUUUCUAUGAACACUUCUCUUUUUCUCAAUUCAUCAGUUACAUUCGUUGACUUGCCAGUUUUACCAGUUCUUUCCUCAUCACCACCACCACCACCAUCAUUCACCCAAAAGCAAGUUUCAUCAGAUGAUAUACUUCCAGAAGUGUUCUCCGCUGCUAAACCAAGACUCUAUAAAAGGUAUGAAACAAAUACUACAACUACAAUUACUUUCGAACGAAUCUCUUAUGAACUUUUGCCUAAUAAUUGUUUUAUGUCCGCUUUACAAACAUUUAAUUUAACUUGUUCUCAUCGUGAUCCAAGUGUUGUACGUUGGUCAGGACGUGCACAACAAACCUAUGUAUUCGAUGUACGUGGUUAUGGAUCUAUCGAUGAUAUACCUCUUAGAAAUGGUGAUCCGCAAUUAUAUCCAAAUAUAGAUUUAACAAAGAGGAAACAUUUUAUUGUAUUGACAGAAUCGGAAGUUCGCUCUGAUCGAGACUGUUUUUAUAUUAACUUCAAGCGACAACUAUUCCAAUCGAAUUCUACAAAGAAUCAGUCAUCACAUGUGUUUACAUUCAAAGGAAAACAUAAAAGACGUUUCCAAUAG